GCAGUGUGCAAUAGAUUAGUCGUGAGUACAGGACGCGAACGUCAGUUUACAAUUGGUUCAACUAAAGUUGACAGAAGACAAACAGAGUGGCUCAUUUAUCAUAAAACGAGCACGGAGAAAAUAAAAUUCCUAAAAUUAAGUCCUAAAGGGGACCUAGGAGGCUACGUUUUACCUGUUAUGUUAAUCCAAAGGAAAAGCAGGGAAAUAUGAUUGAAUUGUUGCUUAACGCCUGACGUAAAUUGAUAGAAUGGCAGAAUGUAUCAGUAUAAAUUCAGAUCUUCCUAAACAAGACUGCAGUAGCCCUAGUCCUACAGAAACUGUCUGUUUGGAGUCUUUAUGUGCUGAAAAUAAUCCUAGUACUUCACAAAGCAAUACAGAGCAAUUGUCAAAUCUUCAAAUCGACAACUAUAAUAUAGAUCAGGUUGAAAAAUUAGAAAAGAAUAACUUUUUGAAUGAACUUGGUUUGGUAGAAGAAUGCGAAGAUGGUGUUGGUGAUAAUGAAGGCACUGAUGAUGAUGAUGAUGAUGAUACCAAUAGCAAAGAUGAUAAUUGGGAAGAUUGUCUAGAUCAGGAAUUCCUUGAUGAUAAUUCUGAAGAUGUAACCAGCAAUGAAGAAACAAGUAUUGAUAAUAUUACCCAAUCUAAUACCCCAAAAAGUACCCAAUCGAAAAGAAACUAUUUUGGUGCGAUUGAACGAAUUUUGCGUAAACGCAAAUUGGACGUCAAUAAUGGAUUGUCAUUGUCAUUACCUUGUAAAAGAAUCCAAUGUGAUUCGUCAAAUUUAUGUAGUGAUGGCGCUUCUGCUACCCCAACAAAUAGUUCUUGCUCAUCACAAAGCUUCUCAGGUAGCAUUACACCAGCUAGCGGUAGGUCGAGAGCCACUAUACCGACAAAAGAUAAUCCACCGCCAGACUUGUCUAUUUGGUUAAAUAGAUUCACUACGUGGUCAAAUGCAGAGAGAAUUAUGGCCAUAAAUGAGUUGAUUGCUAGCUGCGAACCAACACAAGUAAGGCAUAUGAUGCAGGUUAUUGAACCACAAUUUCAAAGGGAUUUUAUAUCAUUGUUACCAAAAGAAUUAGCUUUAAAAGUUUUAUCAUUUCUGGAACCCAAGGAUCUUUUAAGAGCUGCACAAACGUGCCGAAGUUGGCGCGUAUUAGCAGAUGACAAUUUGUUGUGGAAAGAAAAAUGUAAACAGGCAGGCAUUGAAGAAAUACCGAAAAAACGAAUGUCUUCUAGGUCUCCAACACAUAUGAGUCCUUGGAAGGCUACAUUCAUGAGACAACAUACAAUAGAAAUGAAUUGGAGAUCAUCUCCGUUAAAUAGAAUGCCAAAAGUGUUGAAAGGUCAUGAUGACCACGUGAUAACAUGUCUUCAGUUCUGUGGCAAUAGAAUAGUUAGUGGCUCAGAUGACAAUACUUUAAAAGUUUGGUCUGCUACAACUGGAAAGUGCUUAAGAACGCUUGUGGGACACACGGGCGGGGUUUGGUCUUCACAGAUGUCUGGAAGUACCAUCAUUAGUGGAAGUACGGAUAGAACAUUAAAAGUUUGGGAUGCCGAUACUGGUGUUUGUAUGCACACUUUGUAUGGACAUACUUCUACUGUUAGAUGUAUGCAUCUGCAUGGAAAAAAAGUUGUAAGUGGCUCUCGGGAUGCAACUUUACGAGUUUGGGAUAUAGAAACUGGCAGUUUUCUUCACGUUCUUGUGGGGCAUGUAGCCGCUGUCCGAUGUGUUCAAUAUGAUGGUAGAUUGGUAGUGUCUGGUGCCUACGAUUUCAUGGUUAAAGUAUGGAAUCCUGAUACACAAGAGUGUCUGCAUACUUUAGAAGGACAUACUAAUAGAGUUUAUUCUUUACAAUUUGAUGGUGUUCACGUGGUGAGUGGCUCACUGGAUACAAGUAUACGUGUAUGGGAAGUAGAAACAGGUGCCUGUAAACAUACAUUGAUGGGUCAUCAGUCUUUAACUUCUGGUAUGGAGUUAAGAAAUAACAUACUCGUUUCAGGGAAUGCAGAUUCUACAGUUAAAGUUUGGGAUAUUGUGACUGGACAAUGUCUUCAAACAUUAUCAGGACCAUAUAAGCACCAGUCUGCCGUAACUUGCCUACAAUUCAAUAAACGUUUUGUCAUAACUUCAUCUGACGACGGAACAGUUAAACUUUGGGACGUACAAACAGGCGAAUUCAUUCGGAAUUUAGUGGCUCUUGAUAGCGGGGGAGCUGGUGGUGUCGUUUGGCGUAUCAGAGCAAACGAUACGAAAUUAGUUUGUGCUGUUGGUAGUCGAAACGGCACUGAAGAAACAAAACUAUUAGUGUUGAACUUUGAUGUCGAAUCAAAUAAUAGUGAUGGUACAAUUACGCCAUCUAGGUAAUCGUUAAGGACUAAAAAAAUUUGUUGUGUGAUUGUGAGUGGGCGUGUCGUAUUUGUCGUCAGAAUAAAAAACCGUUUAUCAAAUUACUAAUAAGCACUAAUGGAAUUUUAGAAUGUUAUUGAAUUUUAUCAAAAUAUAUGCUUUCAAGCCUGCUAGGAACUAGUAAAAAAAUCAUAAAUUUGAAUUACUGUAUAUAUUUACAUACAUGAGGCAAUAACAUUUUUUAUAAUCCAAUGCAAAGUAGUUCAUAUGAUUUAAUUUACAUUAUAUUAAUUUUUUUUUAAAUUGACUAAUUUUUAUACUUCAUCCUGGACGGGUAUCUAUUUUCAUUCCUCCUGUCCAAAUUAUUAUUGAGUCCAAAUUGAGUUUUUGCAUAUUCUGGGAAACUAUAUGAAAGGGAAAUUUCCAAACUUCAAUAUUUAUUUACAAACGUAUGACAAUAAACAUACGGUAGUUCAAAUGAAUCAAUACUCACUUGCAAUGAUAUAUUAAAGCAUUAUUAGAAAGAAAUAGUAGACCUAAUUUAGAUAAAAACCAUAACUCAUUGGAGCAUACAAAAAGUAGAAAAAGUGUUUUAUUAUAAGGAAGAAUAUUAUUUUCAACAUGUCAUCUUCCAAAAUUUGUGAUUAAUUCUUAUCAUUUUAUUUAAUACAUACAAAACGUCUUCUUUCCAAUUUUCUUUGAAAACUCUCAAUAAAAUGUAGUCUGGACACUUUAAAAAAUUGAUUAUUAAAAAUAUAUCACAAAAAUUGUUGGAAAAAUAUCCUAUGAGCCGCAAAAUUCUUUAAAAUAAAUAAAAAAUACCUUCUCAUAAAACUGAAAUAUAUCCAAACAGCUAGAAUUCUAACACUAUAUCUUAAUAAAGCAUAGUGCUUGCAUUAGUGUACGGAUACCAUAAGCAUAAUUUUUUCUACUUGAUGCCAUAGAAAAAUUAAAACUUGCAUCAGGUUUUUACUUUAUGCCCUGUAUUUAAUAACUUCCAAUUACAACUUGAAAAUGUAUUUUGAUAAAAUAUACUGAUUCUGGGAUUGAUGUAAGAGGUAUAUUUCAUAAACAACUUCUUUCAAAACCUCAAUCAUCCCAAAUAAAAAGAACAUUCCAUAAAAAAAUUGUAUUAAUUAUCUUUCAGUCUAAUACAUGAAAAUAGAAGACUGCCGUUAUCUAAGAAACUUGAAUCACUCUAAGUACUACCAGUUUGUGAAGAUUUGAAAAAGUUUGAAACUUGUAAAUUUUCUUAAUUUCAUUUCUCAAAUUUAUUUAUCAAAAAUAUGACUUGAUAUGUAUCUAUGUAGUUCAUUUAGUACAAGGCACUUCAUUACUUCUUAAAGUAAAAUAUUAUUUUAACAUUUUCUUAACAAAUUGGAGCCUUAUAUUUAUCAAUAAAUUAUAUAUUUAUACAAAAGCAGAAAUAAAAUAGGCAAGUUGAGAAGAGUACAUUCACGCAACCCAUUGGUAUCUAAUGAUAAAGUUUCACCUCCAUCCAUUCAAAUAUUAUCAUGAUAAUCACCUUACAAAUUAUAAUGAAAUUUUUGACUGCAGGUUAAAAUUAUUAUACCUACAAUGUGGUCGAGAAUUAUAUAUAUAUUAAUUUUAGAGCUGAUAGUAUGUUUAAAAAUAAAGGUAAAGAUACUGUUUAAAGAGGUGAAUUGAGCCCUUUUUUUCUUGAAUUAUCUAUCAAAUAGUUUAUAUUAAGGAGUUCAUAUUUUGAAGAAGGGAGAAUAAGAUAUUAGGAUGUUACUGUUAUGUUGUAAUCCGCCCCAUUGCUUUUAAUUUUGGAUUCUGUUUUUUACCAUACAUUUUAUUGUAACAUUACGUUUCAGAUACACCAAACUUACUAAAUAAUCAUAUGGUAUGGUGUAGUUGGUGAUAAGAAAUAAAUUAUAAUAUUGUUUUUUAAAAUGAAAAUAUGGACUCAGAAAUCAAAACUAUUUGUGCAGAUAUUUUGAUAAAUAAGGUUCUCAAUUUACUAAGGUUUGUAUUUCCCUUAUUAUUCCGUUUUAGAAUAGAAAAUAAUUAACGCUAUUUUUGGGCUCUAGAAAUUAAUAUACAUAAUUUUGGAUUACCAUUUAUAUUACUUAACUAUAUCCAAACUUGAAAUAUUUUGUAAUCGUAUCAUUACCACUAGUAGUUGGAGUUAUACAAACAAAAAAUUAAAAUAUAUUUAGCUGUCGUAGUUGGAAUUUUUUCAAAUUUUUGUCUACAUACUGGAAGAUUUAACUGUGAUACUAUUCAAAUCUAAUCGAGUGAUUUAAAUGUAGCCAACAUGACAUUUGAUAUUCUGACAACAAAUAUCUUUUAGUGUAUAAGAUGACUUUCAUAAAAUUGUAAAACUAAAUCUGGUGCUUUUCUUUUUUUCUUUAUUAUUAUUUGGUAAUCAGUAAGUACAAACCCUGUUAUUUUUUCCUUUAUAUGUACGAUUUGUGAGUAUAGCUAGAAAUGAAUUAUAGACGGAGAUUGGAGAUUUUUUACGGGUGAAAUUCUUUUUCCAUUGUUAUCAUAAAUAUUUUGUUGAAAAUGAUUCCCAAUCAAUUCUGUAGAGGAUGUCAGGAUAUUUUUCUUGUAGUAGAAAAAGUGCCAGUUUUUUGUUAAUUUAUUUAUUGCUGUCAGCUUUAAGUUCUAUCUGGCAAUAAAGUUGUACCCUAUAAUUAUAAGUGUUAUCAGUCUAUAUUCAAUACUCGAUGACGAUAAUUAUUAUUGUUUUCAUGUUGAUUUUUGUGUGACUAAGUGAGAUAUUAGCGAAGCAUUUUAAACAGCAAUCAGUUUUUUAUAAAUUAUUCUGAUGUAAUAAGAUGGAAAUAUCCACAAAGAUAUUUUAUCUAAACGAAUUUCACUUUAAAUCGGAUUGAUAGAUAUAUAGGAAGAGACGUCGUGCAGUUCUCUAGAUGUAUUUUUAUACCAGACCAUAGUUUUAAGUUACAAGAGAUAGGACUAGAAGGAAUCAGUUCUCUUAAUAUUGCUAAAAAUGAUCGAUUUACCAAUGGAUUUUAACAUGGAUGUCAUACUUGGAUUAUUUUUUAUGCAUAUAUAUUAUAGCUACAAGAACAAUUUCUUGUUUCCCUAGCCGAAAGUACGGUUAUUUAUUAUAAUUAUUACAAUAAGGUACGGACAGGACCCUAAGAUCCGUAAGCCCUGAAUAUACUGUAUAUAUUACAAAAAUUAAAGUAAUUAAAAUACCUAGUUAGAAAAUUAAAAAUUACAAGGAAAAAAAAAAGAUUUAAUUAGAAAAUAGAAAAGCGUCCAGUUAUUCUUAAAAAUAUUGAGAGACGGUGCCAUUACAAUAUCCUCAGGUAGAUGAUUUCAUGUUGAAAAAACAUGAUUACAUAAAAAAUGUUGCCUUGUCCAACAAGUGAAUAUUUCUUUUUUCAAUUUCCAUCUGUGUCCUCGAAGCCGAUUAUCAGGGUCAACAUUAAAUAUGUUUCUCAAGUUACCAUAAUUGAAAUUUAAAAUGCGAUAGGUGAUUAUCAUAUCCCCACGAACACGACGUUGUUCAAAGAUCAGUAAAUCCAUUAUAUUUAGUCAUUCUGUAUAACUAGGUCUUGUACGCCUGAAGGAUAGUCUGGUUGAUCGACGCUGAACUUUUUCAAGAUCUUUAUCCCGCACUAGUUCCAGACACUCCACAGUUCCACAAUACUCCAUAAUUGGGCGAAUAUAAGUUUUAUAUAAACGAGUUGAAUUAUGUAAUGAUAUCCUUCCAAAAGACUUGCGUAGGAGAUACAGCUUACUUUUUGCUUUGUUGGCAAUACUUAUAACAUGUUCGGACCAACUCAAAUCCGUAGUAAUUGUAACACCGAGAUCAUUAUGAGAAUUCACUUCAUUUAAGGCGUGACUGUUUAAGAAGUAUGUAUGUCUCAGAUUGUUUUUGCCUAAGUAAAGAGCUACACACUUAUCAGAAGUAAGAGGCAACAUCCAGUCCGAGCACUACUUAGAUAUCUAAUCCAAGUCUUCCUAAAGAUUUAUAUGAAGAGAUGAAUCAGCGAAUAUUUUCGACUCUUCGGCAUAUGAAAUGUAUUGAAUAUGAAAUUGGAGGUCACUUGCGUAUAUUAUAAAUAAGGGAGGACCCAGUACUGAUACCUGCAGAACACCGCUUAAUACGGGCUUCUCAGUUGAGAAACAAUUUCCCACUUUCACACAGAACUUUCUGUUUGUUAAGAAUGAGUCAAUCCACUCCAGUAGAUCACCUCUUAUGCCAAGAUGUUCCAAUUUAUACAGUAAUCUUGUCUUGUCUUAGAUUUUGUCCAUUCAUUAACACACCAAAGAAGAUUCGUCAUUUUACAACGUCCUUUUACAAAUCCAUGUUGUUGUUCAGGUAUUCAGUAUAUAUUCAGGACAUAUUCUGAUAUUAUAGAUUCUAUAACGUUACAGAUAAUUGGUGUAAGGCUAAUGGGGCUGUAGUUAUUGGGGUCAAGUUUAUUGCCUUUCUUGAAAAUUGGUGUUACCGAGGCUGUUUUACAAAUAGUAUGUGUGUAUUAAAUGACAAGGACAUUAUUACAAAGGAUGAGCGAGAGCAUUACAACAUCUUUUUAGAAAUAGAGGAGAUUAGAUCAAGACCGGGAGAAGAGUUGUCUUUAAAUUUUUGAAGGUGACAUUUGACAGUUUCAGGAGUAAAAUGAAGUUGCUCUAAGGAUGAAAUUACUCUUGUGGGCAGAAUGUCGGGUAUAAAUUAUUUUGGAUAUUUUCGGUAGAGAAAACCUUAGAAAAAGUGUCUGCCAAAACUUCGUCAGUUGACAAACCAUACCAUCAUCAUUUUUUAUUAGAGGAAUGGAUAUUUUUGAUGGCGAUGAUGAUCGAAUGUAUUUGUAUAAUUUUUUAGGGUUGUCGCUGCAUACUAUAGACUCUUCAUACACUUCUCUAAUUUUUCUAAAUCUAUGGCAAAAUUUUUGUGAAUUUCAAAAUCAGCUUGACUGACCGUGCGCUUGUACUUCCACCACAAUUUGCUUUUAUAUCUAAUCAAAGAGAUUAUUUCAUUAUUGAUCCAUGGUUUUACUUUAUUUAUGUACAUCACUUUCCUGGUAGAAUACUUGUUUUUAAGAUCCGCAACAGUACUUGUAAAUGUAUCCCGUACUACAGUGGGAUCCAGUGAGUCCACAAUCAAUACUAGCUUGGUUUUCAAAAUCAGUUAAUUUUUAAAAUCUACUUGUAUUUGUAUAUAGAUUUGUGGUUUCGAAUACACUGCGACCCAAAGGAUCUAUUGUGUCUAUCUUUCUUGCUGCGAUACUGGAGAACCCAGUGUUUACAGCUGAUCCAUUAAUCCCACUCCUUUUAAACAAUCUAGAAUGUGGGAUGGCUUUAAUUGCCAGAGAUCUUCGGUGUAGUGCUCUGGAGUUCAUUAGUGUUUCACAUUUCGAGAGAAUGUGGAUAGAGGUUUCGAUCUUUUCUUCAACAAGAUCUGUACGCUGCAUUAUCUGCUAGGUCUAGCAUCUUCAGGUGUUUGUUUAGGCGACCGUGUCCCGAUAGACCUCCUGUUAACAUUCGUUGAUUAUUCUUACUUAGAUUGAUACAUCAUCAGAACUUCUCCAGUUAUAGGUUCCCAGGUUCUGUAGCUGAUAUCACACAUACAUAUACAUAAUUCCUCAAUAAUCGAAUUUACCAAAAAUCUUUUGUCGACUAAUGUAUGUUUUGAGUAUGGUAUACCUAUGCUCUAGUACAGGUAAGUCUCUCAACUUUGUAUAUGAAUUUAUUGGCGGUGGUAAUAGACAACACAUGACAAAAGGUUAGUCCUUAUUUUUCAUGUUUUGCAAAAAUGUAGAAGUUGUUCACAUGUACUCAACUUAUAUCAAUCAAUAAUAACUAAGUACAUAUAGUGAGGAUUUUGAAUGUACUCUCCAUUAAAAUAAGUUGAGAUGGGCUCAUGAGAAUGAUAAAAUAUAAUAAGUAAUGUUUAAUUUGAAAUCGUAUGACUUGGAAUAUUUCCAUCUUUUUAAAGCCUUGUAGAUAUUGUACUUACCACGAUGAUCAAUUUUUGCCAGUAAAUAUAUUUUGAAAACGUUAUACUAGUACCGCUUUUCAAAUUUUUUAAAUAACUAAUAAAAUUUUGCAAGCAAUGCGGUUUAGACUUAUAUACAUGAAUUGCUAAAGUCGAUAGUAUUUCCAAAAAUAAGAGUACCAUAAUUCUGAAAAAGGCAGAAGUAACCAAUUAAGGGAGGAUAAUUUUAUUAUAAAAAUCUUAUGAUUAUCCCGAUCCAUGAGAAUAUAGGAUAUUUUUGGAGAAUAAGAGAAAAAUUACAUUCUUGAUUGUAGUAAAAUACACGUAUACCUUUGGGUUCAAAUUAAUUCAAAACAAUGUUGAAAUUAAUUAUUAAAAUUGAAAAAUUGUGACGUAAUAAUAGUAAUAAUAAUAAUUCUCCCAAAAUUACUGUAUAUUCAUACGGGAUACGUUUGAUGAUAACAUGGAAUCAAUUAUCUCUUUAUAAUCAGUCCCAGAAUAUGAACUCCUGUAUCAAAACUUUUUGAUAAAAAAGGUUCUCCAUUCAUCCUUUUCUGGGGGUCUAUAUCUUUUAUUGAGCUUUAGAAAAAAAAUGUACUUGUUUUAUUUUUGUAUAUACUAUCAGCUUUAGAAAUUAAUAUAUUGUAUUCCUGGAGAGUUUAGGCAUUUUUGAUAUGAAAAAGUUAUAAUAUCGCAUAUACAAAUUUUUUUUUAAUAACCGAAAUACAAACAUGAACAUUUACAUAUUAAGCAGUAUGUUUGUUCUCACUGUUCUUUUUUUGUUCUAAUUGCCAAUUUGCUAAUUCCAAAAAUAUUUCACGCAAUCGCUCCUAACAUGGAAAAUAUCUUCAUAUUUCAUAUGAGUACCACUAUAUAUUUUUCCAUAUUUUUUUGGCAGUUAUUUUCAAUUUUCCUCCUACUGAAACACUAUAAUAUAACUACCACUAGAAGAGAAUUAUAUUUUGAAACAGUUUGCAUCAUAGCUACAAUUUCCAUGCAAUAAAAUGAGCUUGUAAAAAUAUUUUUUCAACAGAUUUAUAUGCUAUUUUAUGGGCAUAAUCUGUGUAGAUGUAAAAAUUUUGAAAAACGGUACUCGUAUUCUCUUUUACUAAUAAUUAGGCGAAUCUCUAUUCCUAAGAUUAUUUGUAAAUAAUGCACCAGAGAGACUGAUAGUAAGUUAGUAAUACGGUAUUUUUAGAUGAGAAUCUUACCACCUAAGUUUUAAUUGUAUUAAUUCCAUAAAAAAUACUUUAAUGCAGAUAGGUAAUACUUUAUAAUGGCAUUCAGCAUUCACUACUUAGUUGUCUUUAAAACUUAAUACAUACUUUCCAUACAUGUCAAACAAUUAACUCUCCUGUUUUUGAUAGGAUUCUUCCAAAUAUAUUGUAAGUCCUUAUUAAACCUUCUGUUAUUGCAAAAGACGAUUUAUUUUUACCUUUUUCUUGUAUGUAUUUCCAUCAUUUUCCUCUAUUAUAAUAUUUUUAUAGCUUCUGUCUGUUCCUCAAUUAAUUUGGAUCUAUUUUCGAUUAUCAUUUCUGGAUAAUAAUUUUUCUAUAUUUUUCUUUCGAUAGUUGGUAUAUUAUUUUUCUGUUGAUAAUUUGCUGACUUAGAGAGGCGCCGGGAUACCAUCCUUCUUCUUUUCUUUAAUACCUGUUCAAUUAAAAUCAGUGGAUUCUAUUUGGGUGUUUUGAAAUCUGGGAAGUCAAUUUUUCCAUAUUAAACAGCUUUUGUUCCAAAAAAGUAGAGAUAAAAUUAAUUAUCUGUACGGUCAAAAGUGCGAAACUGCAGCUUUUCUCGUAGUUACAUCUGAAUCCUGCAAAGUAUUAUCUUUCUCCAGUGUAAUUUUGUUUUGUAAUUUUUGUAAACGUUAAUAAAAUAUUUGUGGUUAAAGCUCAAUAUUCUCGUCUUAGCUCAACAAACUGUAAAUAAAUAUAUAUAUAAAAGAAUCAUCACAUCACAACGAUUUUACUGUUUUGUCCAAUAUAUCUUUUAAUAAAAUAUUGCCAUUUAUUUCUGUAAAGAUCAACUGUUUUAUGUAUAUCAAAAAAAUACUCGUUUGUGGAAGCUUCAACAUUCGUAUUCAUAUCUUUGAACCCACUUAACAAAAUUCAUAUUUAGUCUAUUAAAGCUUCUUAAGACCAACAGAGCUUUUUGGUUUCAUUCAUAUUUAUGUUAAUUAUGUGCAUGUGUUUUUUGUGAAUUUGUUCUCCUAUUUUGGAAACACAUCAAUAAAAAUAAAAGUUGUUGAUGAUAA